AUGGGACAAGCAACCAGGCAAGUCUUACACACAUACAACUCGCAUAAUUGGCAGCUUACAUCAACUCUUUCACUUCAUCUCAUCCAUGCUAUUCGACGCCUGCACGCACUCCAGUUUGACGACACAAAUACCAACGUAGUCAAACUUUGCAGUCUCUUGCAAAUGCACAACCGCGAACGUCAAAUGGUCUAUUACCAGCCCGGAAUCGGCACUUUUACCGACCCCGGAGUCAGAGGAACCAUCGAGCGCUGGUUUGCCAAAACAGUCGACUUGGCCAUCGCUUGGUAUCUCAGUGAACACGUCAUGGACGCGUACAAAUUUUUGAUGGAGAACCACCUCCCAAACGAUCGUAUUUGCAUCUUUGGCUUCUCUCGAGGAGCGUAUACUGCACGUGCAUUGGCUGGGAUGCUCCAUACAGUUGGCUUAUUGCCCAAAGGCAAUUCAGAACAGGUCUCCUUUGCAUACGAUAUGUAUCACCGUCAAGAUAAGCUGGCACACAAGUUUAAAAUGACAUUUUGCAAACGUGUCGACGUUGAGAUACUCGGCGUAUGGGAUACGGUCGCAAGUGUUGGUCUCUUAAUCCCACAAACGGUCCCAUUCGCCUCGAACAACACGAUCAAAAACUUUCGCCACGCCAUUUCCCUAGACGAGCAUCGUACCAAGUUUGGAGUCACACCUUGGUCACCCACAGAAGCCUCUGGAGCCGGUGUCGAACAAUAUGCAAACGGCAAAGUCGCAUCUGUCAAGGAGAUGUGGUUCUCUGGUUGCCACACCGACGUGGGAGGUGGAGCCAUGUUCGAUUCAGACGCUGAAGCACCUUGUCUGGCAAAUAUCGCUCUCCGCUGGAUGCUCCAUGAGAUUGUCAAAGUAGACUGCGGCAUCCUCUUUGACAAUGAAGCUCUCGACGACCUCGGCAUCCCAGAAGACUGUGUCCCUCGCGUUCCCGAGGGUUCUAUAUCUGUUAGUCGGCAAAGUAGCGAUGACACCGUGAUUGGAUCCCCAGAGACGAAUGCAAAGACCAAACUUCCGCUUCGCAACUGGAAAGAGGCCGACGAGUUUGACGCAAAGGGUGCAAUCCACGAUCAGCUCAAGUUGCAUCCAAUCUGGUGGCUUGUACAGAUUCCGGUGUGGACUGGUAAAAGGUUCAACUUUACGGGUCGUCGCACCGUUCCAUCCGAUGCUCUCCGGAAGCAAUACGAGAAUAUUCAUUGGACGGUUCUCUAUCGCAUGAAUGCCGUCCCUGGUUACAAACCUCGUGCUCGGCUACCUUCAGAGUGGCAGCAACUCGUCUUGGAGGACACGGCGGUGUAA